AUGAAAAUCAAAACCAUCAAAAGAAGCUCGGACGAUUAUGUCCCAGUGAAGAGUACCCAGGAAUCGCAACUUCCAAGAAAUUUAAACCCUGAAUUACAUCCUUUUGAAAGAGCUCGUGAGUACACCAAGGCACUAAAUGCUACUAAGUUGGAAAGAAUGUUUGCACAGCCUUUUGUCGGCCAAUUCGGUCAUGGUCAUAGAGAUGGUGUGUACAUGAUUGCAAAGAACUACAACAACCUGAACAAACUGGCAACUGCAUCUGGUGAUGGUAUUGUUAAAUACUGGAAUAUGUCUACUCGUCAAGAAUAUGUUUCUUUCAAAGCACAUUAUGGUUUAGUCACAGGGCUUUGUGUUACACCAGAAACAUUGGGAAAAAAUAAAAAUGAAAAUUUUAUGUUGUCCUGUGGUGAUGAUAAAACAAUAAAAUUAUGGUCUGUGAACAACGACGAUUUUUCGAAUGUUAAAUCAGAUGAUGAGAUAAAUACACAUGGUCUUAUUAAGACCUUUGAUGGUGAGCAUGCGUUCCAAGGUUUGGAUCAUCAUAGAUCAAAACCAACUUUUGUCACUGGUGGUGCACAGAUUCAACUAUGGACUUCAGAAAGAACCAAGCCAUUAUCUAAUUUAUCCUGGGGUGCUGAUAAUGUUACUACUGUCAAAUUCAACCAAAAUGAAACGGAUAUCCUUGCUAGUACAGGUAGUGAUAAUUCCAUAGUAUUGUACGAUUUGAGAACAAAUUCUCCUACUCAAAAGAUUGUUCAAAAGAUGAGAACAAAUGCUAUCUGUUGGAAUCCAAUGGAAGCCUUUAAUUUUGUUGUAGCUAACGAAGAUCAUAACGCUUACUACUAUGAUAUGAGAAAUAUGUCUAGUGCGCUAAAUGUCUUCAAAGAUCAUGUUGCUGCUGUGAUGGACGUUGAUUUUUCACCAACAGGUGACGAAAUUGUGACUGGUUCCUACGAUAAGACUAUCAGAAUAUAUAAGACAAAUCAAGGUCAUUCUAGGGAAAUAUACCAUACAAAGAGAAUGCAACAUGUUUUCCAAGUCAAAUAUUCUAUGGAUUCUAAAUAUAUAAUGAGUGGGUCUGAUGAUGGUAAUGUGAGGAUGUGGAGAAGUAAAGCAUGGGAAAGAUCUAAUGUUAAAUCUACCAGAGAGAGAAAUAAAUUAGAAUACGACGAGAAAUUGAAGGAAAGAUUUAGACAUAUGCCCGAAAUCAGAAGAAUCAGUAAACAUAGACAUGUUCCAAUUGUUAUUAAGAAAGCACAAGAGAUUAAGAACAUUGAAUUGAGCUCUAUUAGGAGAAGAGAAAUGAACGAGAGACGUACAGUCAAGGAUAAACCAUUUGUUGCACAAAGAAAACAACAGAUUGUUGGUACUGUAUUUAAAUAUGACGAAAAGAAACGUCGUGAACAACAUGAUAAUGAAGAUGAUCAAGAUAGUAACUGA